AUGAAAAAUAAACCCUAUGCCCGAUCCUACAUAAUAGCGAACAGUUUCAGCAUUCACAAGAUCAGACGCCGCGGCGCGAAGCCUGCCGCCGCGCGGCGCAACGGUGGUCACGGCGUGAGGAGAGAAGUGCAGCGGCGUGAAGAGAGAGUUCGUAGCGGCGCGGGGGGUCUGACACGGCGCGGCGGCAAUCUCGUAGCGGCGCUAGGGUUCUGCACGGCACGAGGGCUGGAAGGACUUGGAGCCUCUCGGCGUGAGGGACGUAGCGGCGCGGCGAGAGAAACUUGUCCGUCUGAAGGCCCGUUAAGGGUGUCACGGCGCGAGGGCCCGGCGCGACGGAAGCCGAAAACUUUGGUGAAUCCAAUUAAACACCUGCUGGUCAGUGGUAUGCCCAAAAUUAAACAGGUGGGGACAGAGUUUUACGGGACGGGCACCAUUGUAACCCCAUUCCCAAAGCUCGAGAAUCUUACAUUCAACCAUAUUCCCGUGUGGCGAAAAUGGACCGGCCCCACUGGCAGCUCGUGCGGAAACAUUGAGUUCCCUAAUUUGCAAGGCCUCUCGUUUGUCAGAUGCGGGAAGCUGGCUGAAGUCUCUCCGCUGACCUUCCCUGCUCUUCGCACAUUGGACGUCGAGCAAUGA